AUGACUGCCAUCGACAUCGCCUUCUACUCUUCCUGCACUGUCACUUUCAUCAUUAUUUUGCAGGUCGUUUAUCGGCUUUACUUCCACCCAUUAGCCAAGUACCCUGGACCCUUUCUAGCAAGAUGCACGUCUUGGUACGGAGCAUACCAGUCGUACACUGGGAACAUCCAUCUGGACGUCCAGAGAUGUCAUGAGAAGUAUGGCGAUGUGGUACGCUACAAGCCGAACGGUCUUAUUGUCAACACUGUCGAAGGACUACAAGACAUAUAUAUGCAUCCCUCCAAGACACAGAAGGCACGAGGAUAUGUAGGCUUCAGAAAUGGCAAGCCUGAAGUUAGCGUCAUCAACGCGCUCGAUCGAGAGGAACAUGCGCCAAGGAGGAAGAUGUUGAGCCGAGCUUUCUCUACUGUUGCCUUGAAAAAAUACGAGCCAGUGAUCUACAGAACAGCCAAAGUCUUCGGCGACACUCUCCUAGCGAGCCCUGAAUUUAGCGAGAAAGCAAGAUCUUGGGGUCCUGGGUUGAACAUCGGCCACAUAAGCUCCUACUUCACCUUCGAUAUCAUGUCGAACAUCGUCUUCUACAGUCCACAAAAUAUGAUGACCGAAACACACGCUCGACCUAUCCUUGAAACAAUCGACAACUGCAUGUUGAUGGCUGGUAUGGAAGUAAUACAACCACGACUGGUCGAUUAUCGGAACCUCAGAACUUACCUUGCACCAAGACUCAGCAAGAAAAUCUUGAGUCUUGGAGAACGGAUCUGGCCACUUGUAAUGGGCAGAAUAGAACUAGAGAAGAAGCAGCACGUGGACGAUAUUUUCGGAGACUUGAUUGGGCAACAAGGCAAAGAAGGCUCAGGACUUACUAACGAGGAGCUCAUGGCUGAAGCAUUAGUCAUGGUAAUUGCAGGUACCGAUACAUCUUCUGUUGCCAUCUCUGGUUUUUUCUUCUACAUCGCACGUCAUCCAGAAGUUUACAAGCUAUUGGCCGCUGAAAUCCGAUCGACCUUCUCGAGCCUUGAGGAAAUCGCACCGGGCGCAAGAUUGACAAGCUGCUCCUACCUUCUGGCUUGCAUUGACGAAGCACUACGGCUUGCGCCUCCAGUAGCCGCCCCACUGUGGAGGGAGAUGAGGAUGCAAGAGUCGAUAGCUGGGAACGUCCUUCCAAAGGGGGUGGAUAUUGCAACUUGCUGCUACGCCAUUCAGCGCAAUCCUGCCUACUUCCCAGAUCCCGACGAGUUCAUCCCUGAACGAUGGCUGCCGGACAACCAGAGCGAGGAGGCGCUCAAGUUGGCGAAAAGAGCAUUUAUCCCUUUUUCGUUGGGAUCUCGGGGCUGUCUGGGUAAAAAUAUUGCUUAUAUGGAGCUUACCACAGCCCUGGCUCAGAUAAUGUUCCGAGCGGAUUGGAAGCGUGCUGAAGGCCCAAUGGGUACGAUUGGAGAGACGCGGAGUGGUGCAAAGGGAGCUGUGAACUUCGAGAUCAAAGGACACUUCACGAGCGAGAAGCAUGGCCCUUACAUCCAGUUUAUUCCCCGACAUCUCGACGAGCAGGUAUCGGCUUAG